AUGAACAACAACUACAACAACGACGAUAUUAUCGUCAUCUCCUCUGACGAGGAGUCAGAAACCUCCACCACCAGCACCGAGGAAGACCAGUACCAUAGAUUCCGACGGGAGAAUCUAUGGUCCCCCCCACCAAGGGCGAGGACACCAACCGCCAACACCUCGCCAAGGCCGGCCACGCCGUCGUUUUCGCCAAGGCCGCACAACGCCGAGGAGUGGCCCCCAGCCCCGACACCGGAGACAGCACCACCCGGGCGGAAGAGCCCCCCGCUGUUCACCCGUAGACCGUCGGGGCAUCGCCACCAAGGCGACCCCCGCACGCCGCCCCGACCAGCUGAGCCCAAGAACAGCCCCGAAACGGAGCCAACCGUUGACGAGGAACCAUACGCCCGCCGCGUCUACAAGGAAGUGGAGAAGUACCACUACACCAAGACGUCCUGGGGCAUCAGGGUGACCCCGAUCCACCCCACCGCGGUGGAUGUACUCGUUCCCCCAGGACAGAGCGCGAAGAGGUACUGCGGGUUAUACCGAAAGCAAUUUGGGACAUGCGAGUCGGAGGAGGAAGGUACAAGUCCCGGCCCCAGCAGGAAAAGGCGCCACUACGAUUAA